CUAACAUUUGAGAGUUGAGACGACGAAUAUAUUGAAUUAUUGUCUGCUUUUUCGGCAAAGUUUAAUACAGUAUAAAUCAACUCAAAACCCCAUUACUAUAGGAAAACACUUCAAUUUUCUGGGUUUCUUACAUUCUUCGGAAUUAUAAUUCCAUUAAAAAAUGGCGAAUAAUUCCAAUCACAGCGAAAUUCAUGCUCUUCAAUCAAUCUGCUACAAGCGUGGUUCACUUCAGCUUCUCGAUCAGAGGAAGCUUCCUUUGGAAACUGUCUACUUGGAUAUUAAAAAUGCUUCUGAUGGAUGGUUUGCAAUUAAAGAAAUGGUGGUUCGUGGAGCACCAGCAAUUGCAAUUGCAGCUGCCCUCUCUCUGGCCGUGGAAGCUGUUAACUUAGAAAAAUUCCAAGGGACUGCUGAUGAUGCUGUUUCAUUUCUUGCACAGAAAUUGGAUUAUUUAGUCUCUAGCCGUCCAACUGCUGUAAACCUUUCGGAUGCUGCCACAAAACUUAAAGAAAUCAUUGUCAAAGCUGCUUCCACGAGUUCAGAAGCAAAUGUUGUAUUUCAGGCUUACAUAGAAGCUGCUGAAAUAAUGCUUGAGGAUGAUGUUGCCUCAAACAAAGCAAUUGGUUCUUAUGGAGCUAGUUGCUUUGAAAGUCAGUUGAAAGAUGCUAAGAAAAUAUCCAUAUUGACUCAUUGCAACUCUGGGAGCCUUGCAACCGCUGGAUAUGGUACUGCAUUGGGGGUAAUUCGUGCAGUCCAUGCCCAAGGAAUCCUUGAGAAGGCCUAUUGCACAGAGACUCGGCCAUUCAACCAAGUAAGUUCAUGUGAUGUACCACACUCAAAAUGUGAGCAAGUCAGAGAAGAGUCAAAGCAAGUAGUUCGAUUUUCAUUAUGUCAUUUCACAAUUGUUAGGCUCUUGUGUCUAUUGCCCCCCCCCCCACCCCGCGGUUUAUAUGGUCCCACCCAUUUUCUCCCAGCUACGCUGAUAGCAGAUUCUGCAGCAGCAGCCUUGAUGAAGGCUGGACGUGUUCAAGGAGUCAUUGUAGGAGCAGAUCGUGUGGCUGCGAAUGGAGAUACUGCCAAUAAAAUUGGAACUUACAGCCUUGCUGUGUGUGCAAAGCAUCAUGGUAUUCCAUUUUAUGUUGCUGCACCUCUUACUUCAGUCGAUUUGUCCUUGCCUUCUGGAGAAUCCAUUAUCAUUGAGGAAAGAUCCCCAAAGGAAUUAUUGAAUUCUCGUGGAGGACUUGGAGAGCAAGUUGCUGCAUCUGGAAUCUCUGUUUGGAAUCCAGCCUUUGAUGUUACUCCAGCAAAUUUAAUAUCUGGUAUCAUCACAGAAAAGGGUGUAAUUACAAAAAGCAAGGACGAGGAUUUUGACAUCAGAGGUUUUGUGCAAAAAAUGAUAGCCCAAUGAGAAUUUUUGGAGACCAGAGCCAGCUGCUAGUUAGAAGGAGCUGUGAGAAACGAUAUAUUGAAUAGGUUUGUAACCCUGAUACUUUUUCUCAUAAGGAGUAAUAUCCAUUUUCCCAAAAAUGGAAAUAAUUGCAUCAUAA